GUUGACUUGUAACUUCAAUUUGUCAUGAGUUGGAAUAUAUUCGAACUAGUUUCUGAUCAAAUAUAGAGCGUUGCAUCCUAUACUUCUAACAGAGGGGACAAUGGCUUCUACAAGUGAUGCGGAUGCAUCUGAUCUGGAGAGCAUUAGGCGAAAGUUGAUGAAGAGCUUGGCCAGCAGUUGGGAAGAAGUUGUAAAGAUAUACGAGCAAGAUCCAAGAGCUCACAAGGUCCAGAUCGGCUCACCAAAGAACACAGCAUUGCAUAUAGCAGUUUCAAGUGGGCGAGAAGACAUAGUAGAACGACUAGUGAAGUCGAUUGCGAAGAAUGGUAACCCCGUGGAUGUUCUAUCUAUAGGGAAUAAAGAUCAGAACAAUCCUCUCCAUCUGGGGGCCUCACUGGGAAGCAUUUCCAUGUGCAGAUGCAUCACUGAUGAGUGUAAAGAACUGUUGGGUCGCCGCAACCGAGAGAGUGAUACGCCCCUUUUAAGGGCAGUUCGCUAUGGCAAAAAAGAUGUUUUCCUCUGGUUGUAUGAUAUGUGUGAAGGCAACACAGCCCACGGCUACUUCCGGAACGAAUAUGGUGAAACCAUUCUCCAUCUUGCCAUUGAAAGCGGACGCAUGGAUUUGGCGUUCCAAAUUAUUUGUAAGCAGGAAGAUCUCAUGGAUUCUGUUCACCGUCGUGGAAUCUUCCCUCUGCAUGCCGGAAAGUCCCCUCUGGAUGUCCUAGCUGAGAAGCCUACUGCAUUCAGAAGCGGAAUUCAUCUCGGCUGGUUCAACAAAAUCAUUUAUCACUGUAUUUCUGUUGAAGAACUCAUCCCUGCAGGGACUUCCAAAGCAAAGAAGAACUUCUUUCAAGAGCUAUGGAAGCUGAUUAAGUUACCAGGAAAAUCUAAAAAGCACUUGGAUCCAGAGAAUCCUGAAGAAGGGCAAGGAAUUGAACAUCAAGGUCAUAAUUCAAGCAAUAUUGGAGCUCAAGGACACAAACCAUUCCCCUCAAAAUAUGGCAGAUGCCUGAGGUUCAUCAAGCUUCUUGUAUCCCAAGUACUGCUGGUUAUCAUAUCAGUAAUGCCAGGUUCAAGCCAGAUAAGAAAGCUAAAAGAGAAAAAAGAGAUGCACGUAUGGUCUCUUCAGAUCCUGAACAAACUACUUGAACGUGCUGCAAGGUGUACAUAUGAAAUGAGUCCCAAAAAUGAUAAGGCAGACCCAUAUAAUUACAGCGUUCAUUCAGAGUAUACAUACUUUGAAAGGGGACAAGGAGCUUGGGGGAUGACACCAAUACUAGUUGCAUCAAGGAAUGGUAUCGUGGAAAUGGUAGAGAAAAUCCUGCAACUGUUUCCUAUGGCCAUUUAUGACACCGACAACAAUUCGAACAUAGUGCUGAAGGCUGUAGAGAAUAGGCAAUCACAUAUAUAUGACUUCUUACUCAACAGUAGUCUUCUUCUUGAUAGAGAAGUUUCAUUUCACGCUGUUGAUCAUGACUGGAACAAUGCAUUGCAUCUAGCUGGACAGCUAGCAGGUGACCGCCACCUCCAGCAUAUCCCCACCAGCAUGUUGCAAAUGCAGUGGGAAGUCAAGUGGUACCAGUAUGUGCAGAAUUCCUUGCCACCACAUUUUGUUGUUCAAAAAAAUAGGGACAGACGUACCCCAGAUGAGAUCUUCCAAAUAGAACAUCAAAAACUUGAAGCCGAAAGCAAACAAUGGCUAAAUAGCACCUCCAAUUCCUGCUCUUUCAUUGCAGCACUUAUAGCAACUGUUGCCUUUGCCUCAACAGCCUCUGUACCUGGAGGGCCAUGUUGACCUGUUUCUGCUCGGGAAACUUCUUGAUGCUUAAGGGCCAACUAAAAUAUGCUGCAAUUCUGGUAUAUGCACUCACCGGCCUGAUAAUGGCGUACUUUGUUCUCAAGCACUUUCCAUUAUUUAUUGAUCUUCUGAAGGCUACAUUUCGUAAGGUGCCUGAGCGUAUAUACAAGGAGUAUAUGUAGAUUGCUUUGGUCUGGGCUCAAGGAGGACCUUAUGCCAUGGUGAUGAUGGCCAGAUCUGAUGAUGAUGUAAUUUUUCAGUUGUUUUGUCUUUCAAAUAUAUAUAUAUAUAUUCCACUAAACUCCUCCAAAACU